ACGAAGUGGCCAAAGCCGAAACUGGCGUGCUGAUCUGAUCCCGUAUAUAGAGCUGCAGCUGUGAUUGAGGGCAGUGAACUUCAAAGAGGUUCAUUGAAGCCGGCAAGGAGGACUUAUACAGGCAGCUGACGGAGUCUGGUGCAGGGCAAGGAACUAUGUGCGCAGCGCAGGCAUCACCCAGGACAGCGCAGAGGCGGCACGGCCAGACGACACAACCCGAGCCAGCCGCAGUGGUGGCAGCGGGCCUGGGCAGCCAUAAAAGGAAACAGCUGAGCCUGGCGUACGAGGAACUGACGACCGUGCCGUACAGCCUCAUCGAGAAGUACACGUCCGACGUGGAGGUGCUGGAUCUGAGUCACAACCGACUUACGGACGUCCGCUUCCUGUCCCACUUCGAGCGGCUGCACACGGUGAUUCUUGACCACAACUGCCUGAGCUGCCUGAGCGUGGUGCCGAUGCUGCCGACGCUCCAGGUGCUCUGGCUCAACUACAACCGGCUGCUCAGCCUGACGGUGUUCGUGCCCGGCCUGUCCCGGAGCUGCCCACAGCUGCGCGUGCUCAGCCUGAUGGGGAACGAGCUGGCGCCUUCCUUCCUCAACAAUGGCACGGCCGAACAGAACGCAAACUACAGGCUGUACGUGAUUGCGCAUUUCCCGAUGCUCGUGUUCCUGGACGACCGGCCCGUGCUGGACGAUGAGCGGCACAAGGCGCACGCCGUCGGUCACCACAUCUCGGAGAUGAUGCACGCCCACGAGGCCACGCUCACUCGCAACAGUCUCAAGGGACUGGCGCGGUGACCGCCGCCGUCACGGCUACAGAACUGCAGCCCGUAUGGGACGUCCCU